AUAAAUAUCCCAGUCUCCCACGCUUCCGCUUCCGCAUCAGACAAACCUCUCACUACCUCAGUUAGCUCAGUAGCACAGCUCACCUCGGCUGUCCGAAUCGAGAGGCACGGCCAUGGAGAAGCCGACGAAGAAGGGGGUGGCGCCGCCGAUGGCGUGGCGGACGCGCCUCUCCAUCCUCGCCGCGGGGUGCCUCACCGACGCCACGUGCCGCGCCGACGGCACCAUCAACCGCCGCCUCCUAAACUUCCUCGACCCGCACGUCCCGCCCUCCGCCGCGCCGCGCAACGGCGUCGCGUCGCGCGACGUCGUCGUCGACCCGGCGAUCCCGCUCCGCGCCCGCCUCUUCUACCCCUGCCCCUCCGGAGGAGACGGCGGCACCGGCGACGCGACGAAGCCGCUGCCCGUCGUGGUGUUCUUCCACGGCGGCGGGUUCGCGUACCUGUCCGCGGCGUCGCGCGCCUACGACGCCGCGUGCCGACGCAUCGCCAGGUACGCCGGCGCGGCCGUGCUGUCCGUCGACUACCGCCGCUCGCCGGAGCACCGCUACCCGACGCCCUACGACGACGGCCUCGCCGCGCUCCGCUUCCUCGACGACCCCAACAACCACCCCCUCGCCGCCGACGACGGCGACGUUCCACCACUCGACGUCACCCGCUGCUUCGUCGCCGGGGACAGCGCGGGCGCCAACAUCGCGCACCACGUCGCCCGCCGCUACGCCCUCGCCUCCACCACCUUCGCCAACCUCCGCCUCGCCGGCCUCAUCGCCAUCCAGCCAUUCUUCGGCGGCGAGGAGCGCACCCCCGCCGAGCUCCGCCUCGUCGGCGCGCCCAUCGUCUCCGUCCCGCGCACCGACUGGCUCUGGCGCGCGUUCCUCCCGCCCGGCGCCGACCGCACCCACGAGGCCGCGCACGCGGCCUCCCCCGCCGGCGCCGCCGGCAUUGACUCCCCGGCGUUCCCUCCGGCCACGGUGGUGAUCGGCGGCUACGACCCGCUCCAGGACUGGCAGCGCCGCUACUGCGAGACGCUCCGCGGGAAGGGGAAGGCGGUGCGCGUGCUGGACUACCCCGACGCCAUCCACGCCUUCUACAUCUUCCCGGAGUUCGCCGAGGCGCGCGACCUCAUGCUCCGGAUCAAGGACAUCGUCGCCGGCGGCGGCGGCGAGCACUGACUGGUCGGCGUCGCAGUGCACGACACGAGCACGAGCAGUACUGUGGUUGGUUGGUGGUGGUGAGUGAGUGAUUGGGGUGGGGUUGCGUGAUGGGGGUGGUGAGUGAUGACGUGGACUGAUUAGGCGAGAUGCCACGUAUUGUAGCUAUCACUAGGCACUAGUGAGCUUAUCCAGUAGUAAGAUGACACGUGGGACUUGUGUUGGUCGCAUAUGUUAUACUGCAUGGUGUAGGAUGAGGUCGUCAAUAAUUUGUUAGGAGUAAAAAGUAGAGGCCACCAAUAAAAUGGGAUUUAUGGUUUUAGAUAACUGAAAGUGGCUUUUCUAAUUUACUUUGUUUUAGGCUGUGUUUAGUUCAUACUAAAAUUGAAAGUUUGGUUGAAAUUGGAA